GAAGGUGUCGCUCUCGCUAGCAAUUCGCAGUGCAGUUAGUAGGGUGCAGUGACCAAAUGCAUGUAUUGAAUAUCAUAUGAAUAAUUUCCAAAAACUCUUUCCUUCGUGCUCAUGGGUAAAUAAACAACCGUCUUUAAUCCAGCCUGAAGAAGCUAAAGGUAACCAGAUGUUUCAGCCAACAUGAAUGGCAGCUCGACGAACUCAGUCAUUUCCACUCCAUGCUCUUACCUUCUGCCGGUUGACGAAGACAGACAGAGCCUCCAAGGCUACUUUAUCGCUUCCAUCGUUAUCAUGUCAGUCAUCACGAUUCCGACCAUCUUUUUGAAUGGUCUAGUGCUGGUCGGUAUAUGGAGGUCACCGCCGCUUCAUACGCCUUCUAAUGUCCUUAUUUGUGGCUUGGCUGCGUCGGAUUUAGGUGCCGGCGUUUCAGUAAUGCCUAUGUUUAUUGCCACAUCAGUGGCAUAUUCCGAAGGUAUUCUUGACAUCUGGUGUAAGGUUCAGACGCUUUCAAAUUUGAUAACUCCUUUCUUCGCGGGAGUUUCCUUCGUUACCAUCACGUUAAUCAGCGUUGAUCGAAUGAUCGCGUUGAAAUUUCAUUUACGAUAUGCUUCAGUCGUGACUAUCAGUCGCUGUCUGGGAUCUCUCGUCUGUCUGUGGAUUGCAGGGCUGGUUAUAUGUUCAUCGCACUUGUGGUACGUAAAAUUUCUCCACUGGGCCACCGUUUUCAUAUUCAGCUUAUGCCUAGGGCUGUGUACUUUUAAUAAUGCUACAAUCCUUUUGAUUCUUCGCUACCAUCGAGUAGAAAUCAAACGCCUUCAAACGCAAAUUGAAGCAAAUCAAGAUCCAAAGGAUAAUCUUAACACGCGAACGAACAUUGCGCAGAGAAGAAAAUCGUCCAGCAAUAUGCUUUGGGUGUAUGGAUUGUUUAUCGCUUGUUACGCGCCGUUCUUGGUCGUAAGGAUAUUCAAAAACCUCACCACCGGACACACCAAAGCAACUUUUAUCGCAUUUACUUUUACUUACUUUCUUGUAUUCUGUAAUUCUUUUUUGAAUCCGAUUUUAUACUGCAUGAAAAUGCGCCCUGUGCGCAGAUCUAUAUUAGCCUUACUGCCUGACCCCUUAAGAAGAUGCCUCGCGAAACAUAAAGUGGAGCCGAAUAAUGACAUUUUAAAGGUGUUUGGCCAUUAG